CCUUCGACGAGUCUGUUGUCACUUCGCGCCCUGCUCUAUUUGGUCAUCAUCUUUUAUACAUUCACAAAACACUUGUUCAGAUGACUGACGCGCUCCUCAACGACAAAUUCUACCUCCGAUACUACACCGGCCACUCGGGUGCUCACGGACACGAGUUUCUCGAAUUCGAAUACUCUCAUGGCCGGAUCAGAUACGCCAACAACUCAAACUACCGAAAUGACAGCCUUAUCAGAAAAGAGAUGUAUAUAUCCCCUGCUCUCGUGGAAGAAUUGAAGAGGAUUGUAAGGGAAAGCGAAAUCACUAAGGAGGAUGAUGAGUCUUGGCCAAAGAAGAAUGUCAGCGGAAAACAGGAGCUUGAGAUACGGUUAGACAAGGAGCAUAUCUCUUUUGAAGUCAGUAUCUAAUUAACAAUUUUAUAUUGCCUUUUCAGCUGAUAUGUGUAUUUCAGACCGCUAAAAUUGGUUCUUUGAGUGAUGUGGAGCACUCUGAAGACGCAGAUGGACUGCGCGUCUUUUACUAUCUUGUUCAAGACCUGAAGUGUUUCAUCUUCGCUCUCACACAGAUGCACUUCAAAAUCAAGCCUAUUCAAGCUUAGAAGAGCAAAUCGAAAGAUGUAUUCAAGAUGAUGGGGUGUAGUUUAUAAGUUCGGUCAUUAUAUGCAUGUAUAACGUAUCAUUCUCUUUGGCA